UUAUAGACUGUGCAACUAGGUAUAAAGAUUUUGUUUUUUUAACAUCAAAAAGUAGUGAAGAAGUUGCAGAAGCAUUUAAGAGUAUAUAUGAUAACCCCGACAACUCUCUUAACUGGCCUCGGCUAUUGCAAUCUGAUCAAGGUCGUGAGUUUAUGGGAAAUGUGACAUUAAUAAUGAAUGAACAUAAUAUUAAUAUCCGAAGAAUUAAAGCACGUUUUAGACAUACAAGCAUGGCUAUAGUUGAUCGUUAUGCCGGAUUAUUUGAAUUAAGAGUUUUUAAAAACCAGUAUGCAAUAGAGUUUCUCUUACCUACCAGUGAACUCUGUAGAGAAUAUGAAUGGUUUGCACGAAAGAUUGUUGACAAUAUGAAUGAUACUCCAACUCAACUAAUUGGAAUGAGUCCUAAUAAUGUCAUGAAACUUGAGCAGAUAUAUUCUAAGCCAUCAGUAAAAUAUAAUCGUCCAAUAGGU